AUGGGAAAUGAUUCAGCUAUGACUGAAUUCUUCCUGGUGGGGCUUUCUCAAUACCCAGCACUCCAGUUUUGUCUUUUCAUGCUCUGCCUCAUCAUGUACACGAUCAUCUCUGGAAAUAGCCUCAUUAUCAUCAGCAUACUGGAUUCUUGCCUCCACACUCCCAUGUAUUUCUUCCUUGGAAACCUCUCAUUCUUAGACAUCUGUUAAAUGUCAUCAUCCCCCCCAAUGCUCAUUAUAUUUAGGUCUGAGAGAAAAUCCAUCUCUUUCAUUGGCUGUGCUCUGAAGAUGGUUGUCUCUCUUGGGUUAUGUUCCACUGAGUGUGUCCUCCUGGCUGUGAUGGCAUAUGAUUGAUAUGUGGCCAUUUUCAACCCCCUAAGGUACCCCAUCAUCAUGAACAGGGUGCUGUAUGUGCACAUGGAUACAUGAUCUUGGAUCAUAGGUUGUCUGACUUCUCUAUCACAAAUAAUUAUAACAAUGAUAUUGCCUUUCUGUGGUAAUAAUAUCAUUGAUCAUAUGACCUGUGAGAUCUUGGCCCUUCUUAAACUCAUCUGUUCAGAUAUUACCAUCAAUGUGAUUAUCAUGACAGUGACAAAUAUUGUUAUACUGGUGAUUCCUAUACUAUUAAUUUUCAUCUAUGUUUUCAUCCUCUCUUCCAUCCUGAGAAUUAAUUCUGCUGAAGGGAGAAAAAAAGUCUUUUCUAUAUGUCCAACCCACCUGAGUAUGGUCAUCUUGUUCUAUGGUUCAGCCCUUUUUAUGUACAUGAAGCCCAAGUCAAAGGACACAAACACUUCUGAUGAGAUCACUGGACUGUCUUAUGGAGUGGUAACCCCAAUGUUGAACCCCAUCAUCUACAUCUUGAGAAAUAAGCAGGUGAAAGAACCUGUGAAGAAAGUCCUGAGUCAACACUUGCAUCUAUGGAAAAUGUGA